AUGUCAGAGAUUGCUGGUCUUUCUCGCUGGGCUCUGAAAGAACUAUGUGAGCAACCUUCUUUCUUGAAUCCUUAUGUGACCGGCACGUCUGUGCUGGCGGUUAAGUACAGCGAUGGGAUUUUGAUGGCUGCUGACAUGGGAGGUUCUUAUGGAUCCACCUUGAGAUACAAAACUAUUGAGCGAAUAAAGCCUAUUGGAAAACAUUCUCUCUUGGGUGCGAGUGGAGAGAUAAGUGAUUUUCAGGAGAUAUUGCGUUACCUUGAUGAACUCAUUCUUUACGACAAUAUGUGGGAUGAUGGAAAUUCCUUGGGGCCCAAAGAGCUGCAUAAUUAUCUGACUCGGGUUAUGUAUAAUAGGCGGAACAAGUUCAACCCAUUGUGGAACUCACUAGUUCUAGGUGGAGUUAAGAAUGGACAAAAAUAUCUUGGCAUGGUUAGCAUGUUAGGCGUGAGUUUUGAAGAAAACCAUGUGGCUACUGGGUUUGGCAAUCACCUUGCACGGCCAAUUCUUCGAGACGAGUGGAAUGAGAACUUGAUUUUUGAAGAUGCUGUUAAGCCAUUGGAGAAGUGCAUGCGCGUGCUUCUGUAUCGUGACAGAUCUCCAGUCAAUAAGCUUCAGAUUGUAAAAAUCACAGAAGAAGGAGCAACAAGUUUUCCACCCUACUCGUUGAAAACCUUCUGGGGCUUUGAAUCAUAUGAAAACCCCACUGUUGGUGAAGAAGGGCAUCAUUUGAAGAUGACCAACUAGAAUAAAGUUGGAUGACCUCGAUCUCGAUCCCUGCGCUUUGCAGGAUAGCCCGUGUCAUAAGUGCCGUUGUAUUUCCUUGUCGUGUUUCCUCUUCACCUAUGUACUUUAGCAAUCUCUGGCUAUGCCCCCAUCCUCUUGAAUGUGCCCCCAUUCAACUACCGAAUGGGCGCGGAGGGGAUAUCACUCGACAUUGCUGGGAUUGCUUUUCUGUCAACUUUAUAGCAUGGAGCUGUGACUAAUAUUUGGAA